GCAUAUUGAUCAGUCAUGUCCCUUCAGCAUAUUGAUCAGUCAUGUCUCUUCAGCAUAUUGACCAGUCAUGUAUAUAACAAUCCAGUAUGUCAAACUCACCUUUCUUCACAGGAAAAGGAUGACCUCGAGCCACAAGCAUCAUCUAAAGAGCUUGUGUCUCUCGAUUGCGGCUACUUUUCUGGCAGCAGAGUAAAAGGAGUCCAUGCAAGAGAAAGAAGAUUUCAUGGCUCAGAUCCCCAUCAUGGAUUUGUCUGGAAAUCAAGCGGUGCUGGUGCGGGGGAUAUAAUUUCACACAGACGUCUUGGCAAAGCCUUCAUCAGAAAUGAUAAAAAAAAGUUGUCCCAGACCAUUGACAAGGUUGAUGAGGAAAGAUAUGACGCUGAGGCAAAAGUGAAGAAGACAGACAAAGAGAUCGAGGACCUGAAGAUGAAAGUGGUUGAGAUCCAGGGCAUGAAGAAGCCAGCUCUGAAGAAAGUGCGUAUGUCUGCUGAUGCUAUGCUCCAGGCUCUGCUGGGCACCAAGCACAAGGCUUCCAUGGAUUUCAGAGCCAACUUGAAAGAAGUGAAGAAGGAGGUCAAAGAGGAGGUGGGUAUUUGUGGGGAGAAUUACGAAGCAGAGAAUCACAGUACUUUGGGAGUUGGCAACCUUUUCCCCACAUGUAUUCAGGGCUUUGAUGAAAGGAUCAAUUACAUUUAUUUCAUAUUAUAUCCUCAAACACUGAGAAUGUCAUAUCGUAAACUUUAUGUCAUGCAGGAGGAAGUCAGUGACUGGCGUAAGAACUUUGAUGAACAGUCUGGCAUGGACGGCAGGAAGAAGAAGUUUCAGUCUGCAAAAAUGACCAAAUUAGUUUUGGUGUUCAAAACUACGGAGGAUACAGAGUGAUUGAUCUAUCCUUUUUCUUAUUUUGUUGUACUGUUACAGAGUUGGAUAUGGAAGACCUAAGGUUGAGAUUUGAGGCAAAGACAUGUUUAUCUUACAGCAUAAGAUAAGCCCUUAUAAACUGUAAACUGUAAUUGAAUUGUAAAUUAUUUUCCAAAUAUAUAGGCUUACUGAAAAUAUAUACAACUGCCAAACUGCAGUAAUUCAAUAAAUGUUGGCAACAUGG